AUGGAUCGUUGGUUGAAUCGUGUUGCCGUCGUCACUGAAGCCAGUUCUGGUAUUGGAUCUGCCUGCUGCAAGGAUUUGGUUGCCAAGGGCAUGGUCGUUGUUGGACUGGCCCGCCGCGAGGAACGACUUCAGGAGCUUAAGACAUCGCUGCCAAAAGACCAGCAGUCCCGUUUUCAUGGUCGAAAGUGUGACGUCAGCGUUGAGCAGCAGGUCGUUGAUGUAUUCGCCUGGAUCGACAAGACUCUUGGAGGGGCCGACGUAUUGGUCAACAAUGCUGGCAUCCUUGGUAAGUAUCAAAUCACAGAUGCAGACAAAUCUGCCGAUCUUCGCGCUGUCCUGGACACCAAAGUCUUUGGAGUUUCGUGGUGCACCCGCGAAGCAUUCCUUUCGCUACAGCGCCGCAAAGUCAGCGAUGGCCAUGUGGUGAUCAUUAGCAGCAUUGUGGGGCACAUCGUGCCAGUGGUAGAAGGCCUAAACUGGAACAUGUAUGUACCCUCCAAGCAUGCUAUCACCGAUCUGACUGAGGUGCUGCGACAGGAGUUUCAGCGUAAAAAGACCGGGACCAAGAUAACAAGCAUUUGCCCCGGUGUGGUCGACACUGAGAUCCUUGAUAUCAUCAAAGCUGCAGUGACAGAACGCCCAAUGCUCCGCUCAGAGGACGUGGCCGAUGCGGUGACCUACUGCAUCCAGACCCCACCUGGUGUACAGAUUCAUGAACUAAAAAUCAAGCCAGUGGGCGAAACGUUUUAA